CGCCUGUGGUUUGAUAAUUUACGGUAUUCUUAUUGUGAAAAUCUGUAGUCAAUAAUUUUACAAUUUUAUACCUGCACUAAAUCAUCGUAGCCAGACAUCAUCAUUGGCAUAACAAUUGCGGAGAAGUACUUGGUGGCCAUUAGAGCAUCCAAACCCAUCUCGAAGAAGUGACCGCGAUCCCAUUCCACUUGCGGGUUAUUCUUCAGUUCCUCCUGCUUGUCAGCGUCCAGCUGGCUCCGGGCGAAGGUGUUGAGGUACACUUCAUGAAAGCUUCGGUGCCACACCACGACUGGUGUGUUCUUGGCGGUGUUGUUGAUUCCGUCUAUGAUCUCCCUGCUCAUAUCGCCAUGAAAAUACUGGUGAUAUCCCCAAGUUACUAGAGUCUGGUCGGGCUUGGCUUUUGCAUUGAUCAGAUCGUUCAGGCGACUUCGGUAUUCCUCUUGGGUCCUUACACCUUUGUACGUACCACUUGGAAGAGUCCAGUCGAACGGGGUGAUGAAAUCCAUUCUCAAAAUCAGGGCCGCCAUGGAAGGAUGAAGAUGAGGGUCAAUGUGCCCUGGCAUCAUGGUUCGGCCUUCGAGGUCGAGCUUGGCCGCGUCAGGGAAUAAAGCUUCGGCGUUUGCUAGGCUUCCAGUGAAGGCUAUUUUACCGUCUUUUUCCACGACAGCUUCGACAUACUGCGCCGUCUCUCCAACCAUAGUGAGAAUACGACCUCCGAAGUAGAGAGUCAUUUUGAGUUCAAGCGAAGAACGUUAGCUGAUUGCAGACUGGACGUACACACAAGCGUUGUGCAAGUUUUAUGCAGCACCUAACUUGCGACCGCAGUUUUUAAACUGCUUGCAUCAGCUCCGCCCUCCAAUCCGCCCACAUAUAUACAGCCAAUCACCCUGCUCCACUUAUUAAUGACCCUGGCAUUUUCUGCUGGAUAUAAUUACAUUAUUUUAACUGCUGUAAAUGCAUUGUCAUUUAAAUAGGAAUCAAUCACAAAAAUAGAACGUUUCCCCGACUUUAUAAAGUCAUAAAAUUUAUCUGUUCGGCCCUUUGGGCCCUUUCACAGACCCAAAUGACAGAUUUCUCUACUCUUUCAUAUACUACAACGAGUAAAAUCCCUACCCUUCCAUAUACCUGAAGUCUGAAAAAGGUACCCCUUUCGGGCGGAGCCUCCCCGUAUAGGCCGUUAUAGGGAGUACACCCCGCCCCCCCUUGAAAUAGCGAAAAAUGUAUUAGAAGCUGCUGCAAUUAAAAACAUACUGUGUGAGAAUCAGUUUUGAUUACUCUGUCUUUCAAGUGUAGUUAAUGAGACCUUGUUUUGGCAACGAUAAGAAUAAGGAAAUAAAGUCUUUUUAAAAUACGUGAAAUACUCAAAUAUUUUCGAAGUGUUCAGUGUUGAGAGGGGCGGGCUGCUGUCAGCAAGUUCGGGUGUCUCUUGUUGUUGAGGAAACCAUGGCUUGUUCUCUUUUGUGACGUGCUGUGAGGCAAGUUCACGGCUCGUCAAGUUUGCGCUUUUAUUUUAUAUUUGAUUUAAACUUUUACUUCGUCUAUUUUUUCCUUUUUGAUUAAAUUGGUUUCUGUUGGUCAGUUACCCGGUCAGUUGCUCCAACUUGAUUUGCGUGCUUCUGCAGGCAACCAUGCACUGUCUGUAACAAAGUGCCAAAUGCUUAGAUGGGGCUUCAAACAAUUAUUCUAUUAUUUUUUGUUAUUGGUUUUAAAAUAACUUUUAGAGUUUAAUGACUCAUCAGCUGUCACUAACACGUAAACCUUACAUGAGCUAGAUUAUGCAACGCUUUUCAUGGAAUGAAGAACACUUCUCACUGUGUGAGAAUCAGUUUCGAUUACUCUGUCUUUCAAGUGUUUGUUUGAGUGGCAGCGAUAAGAAAUAUAGGAUAAUGAGCUUCGAGGCCUUCUUAAAAAUAAUGACCGAGGGUGCAGCGCCAGGGCGUUAUUCGAUUUAAUGUAUCUUUCCAUUGCUUUAGAACCAGCAGGUCAUUAUUGUGGCCACUGAAGCGGUAAGCUAUUAUUCGUAAUAAUGACCUCCUGUUCCACUUUAGUGAGCCGCCCUUCCAUUUAUUGAAAAUAAUAACCCGUUCAAAACAAUGGAAAGGUACUCAAACAUACUCGAAGUGUCCAUUGUUCAGAGGGGCGGGCUGCUGUCAGCAAGUUCGGGUGUCUCUUGUUGUUGCGGAAACCAUGGUUUUGUUCGCUUUUGUGUCGUGCUGUGGGGCAAGUUCACGGCUUGUCAACUUCUUAACAAUUAAAGUAUUUAAGUUUUAUUUUAUGUUUCAUUUAAACUUUUACUUCGUCUAUUUUUGCCUAUUUGGUUUAAUUCUGGUUUCUGUCGGUCAGUUGCCUGGUCAGUUCCUCCAACUUAGUUUGCGCGCUAGUAAGUGUACGUGCUUCCAUGCACCGUCUGUAACAAAGUGCCAAAUGCUGGGAUGGGGCUUCAAACAAUUAUUCUAUUAUUUUUGUUAUUGGUUAAUAACUUUUGAUAUUAUUUGACCUUUUAUAGCUGGAGUUAAACGACUCAUCAGCUGUCACCAACACGUAAACUUCGCAUGAGCUUUUCUGUUCUUUUCAAAGACUUCGCAGGUUCAAGAGCUUUUUCUGUCAAACAAUAUUUCUUCACCUCUCGGCGGGGGUCUCUUGACUGCUUCGCUUUGCGAGAAAAUUAAUUUUAAACAUACAGCUACCGUAUUUCGAGAAUAGCCUGCGAACAGCAGACGUAUUCCCGAUCGUCGCUCUGUUACCUUUCGGGAUUGUCGCGUGCACAUUUUUUCCGACAACCUUUCUCGAAAUAGCUGUAUAUAAGUUUUACAAAAACUAACUACUGUCAAGUACGGCGCUUUUGCCCUAAAGAAGUUAGGGCCCUUUCGGUAUGACGAAGUCAACUUGUUAGCGAGGACUAGAGAACACGUUAGGGGAUAAAAUGCGUGAGAGUUAUUGGUUCUUGAGUACUUAUUUCCUUCCUCACUACUAUCAACUUUUCGCACCUACUUAAGAGAAGAUCAAAUCCAAUCACAAUUACCUCCCUUUCCUGAGGAAGUACUUCAGCUAAUUGUCUUAAUUAAGUCUACCAGUUCCGGCCUUUAAGCAGCUACAAGGAUUGUCAAAUUUGCCAUGAUUAGCCUCUUACUCCUGGCUAAUGUCAAAAAUUCAGAAAUAUUUUUUUUCGUAAAAUCCCAAGAGAUAUAUAUUACUGUGCAAAAGUUCUGCCAUAGAGGUUUCAUUUAAAUGGUAGUGCUACGUGCAAACGGACGCAACAGCUCCCAACAUUGUUGGCGCAGCUAUACUUUGACCGGUUUCAAACUGAAUUGCGCAACAACUCCCAACAACACGUAACAACAUGCGACACGGUGUGCAAAAGGACGCAAAAUGUAUCAUCCAACAAUGUUGGGCGUUGGUGGCCAACAAUAUUGCGUCAGUUUUCACGGGACUUUAGAAUAACAAAUCACUAUGCCGCCACUAGGAGAAAGAGCGUUAAAAACAAACUUUUUUGUUUUAUAUCUGCCUUAGAGUUUUAAAUUUCCUUGUGACUGAUUGCAUUUGGUGAUUCACAAUUUUGGUUUUUAAGACAAUUUUUUCGUGGGUGCUAAUUUACUCAUUCACAUGCAGGUCACGUCCCUUAUUUUAUGGAGGGAUCUCUUGAACGGUGAAGAGGUCAUGUAAUAGUUUUUCAGAAAAGAAAAGAUGAUUUAUUAGGUCUAUAAACAACCACGAUCAGCGAGUCCCGGCUUUUAGGGGUUUUAGGAAUUAGAUGUAACCAAUCAUUAAACCGUUUUAGGAAUAAAGUUAAAAAAUUAAUUUUAGGGAUGAUUUAAAAUUCAUGGCGGAUUUAGGGAUAACAGGUAUCAUAAUGAUAGGGAUAAGGGAUAACUGCCCUGACCUCUCCCCCCCAAAAAACGUAAAUACCGUAAUGACCUAAUAAACGCCCACUUCCAAAUAAACGCCUCUCAUCCAUAUAAUAAACGCCCCCUCUACGCUGUUAAAAUUGCAUUAGACGCCCUUCUCUAAUAAACGCCCCCUCUCUCUGUAUCAGUCGUCUUUCUCAAUGUCAAGUUUCUAGUGGCUAUUAACUAUUCGUACGGGACGCGUACAUCGACUUGUAUUUGUUAUUCAUACGGGACUCUGACUAAACUGAUUAAGGUUAAGCAUUAGGGUUGGGGUUAAGCAACGAAAAUAGUGAUUAGGGCUAAGCACUGACGAUAUUCUGAUUCCAUCUUUCCCCUUUUCCCCAGAAACGCCUGAUACUCAGGCUAUCUGAUUAGGGUUACCGUAAAUCCUGUAUUAAGCCCCCCGGGGGACUUAUUUAUUUCAAGCCCAUUUAAGGGGGGCCUCAAUAGAGACGAGGGGGCUUAUUUGAGACGGGGGGGGCUCAUUUAAGUAAUACAGUCUAUCAUUUAUUGGUGAAGAAUAAUUAGGGGAGGGGAGGGGGGCUUAUUAACUUUCUCCCCCUGAAAAGGUAGGAAAGGGGCUUAUUUGAGAGGGGGGCUUAAUAGAGGAUUUACGGUAAGCACUCGGCUAGCUUCUAUUGAAGAUUACGGUUGUUGCUAUAUAAUUUAAAAUCAAACCCACUUCACCCGCGUAUACUCCGUUGUAUAGUGGUUAAGACUACGAACUGUAGAUUCUAAGCCCCGGUAUCGAUUCUUAAUCUAGCCACACUGAUUUUUUUUCCUUUAAAAGUUGCCUCUGAAUUUUUUUCCUUUAAAAUUGAACAGUGGUUUAAAGGACUUACAGGUCCUUACACUUUCAUGGAAAUUUGCUGACCAGAAAUUUCAGGAGACUUAGAAAUUUCACUUCAAUUUCAAGAAGAGACUUAAUCCCCUAUGAAUAGCAAAUACACGUCGGUUUACGGGUCCCGUACGAAUAUUCAAAUAUUUAAACAUAUUUGAAUACAUGUUUGCCCCAAGAGCUCUUAAGAGCUCAUCGUAAGGGCCUACACCUACACUAAACAUACAACAUACAUAUGACAUCACGAGUAAAUAAGAUAAAAAACAAAAGCGUUUGGACUUGUUGAGCGUAAGAAAACAAUUCAACGUUUUCUGCUGUUCAUAAAUGAGAGGAGCCAAAUGAGAAAAAAUUCACCUUUUGAGAGUCCGAGUAUCUCGACCAUUCGUCAGGAAAAAUGUCAAGUUCAAAGUAAUGAUAGACUAACGAUGACAGCACAAUAACCCUGACCGAGGAACCUGCGGGUGAUCGAUGUUGGGAUUUGAAAGAGCGAUAAGGAUCACUAGACGGCCUACACGUAUCAAUUGACGGAGUCACGAUAUUCCACUGUUUUCAACCUAUCUUAAUAUUUUGCGGAAAUCAUAUUAAGUAUCCGGUGCUUAAUUCUCUUUCCGGGAAGAUUAAGUUUGCUUUUAUUUUGCGCAAUGCUGCUGUGAAUUUUUCUGUUGGUCAGUUGCUCCAAUAACAACAAUAACAACAACAAUAAUCUUUAUUUUUCAUCCUUAAUUCAAAUUAUUCACAAAAGAACACGGGCCCGCAGGUAGCUAGUGCCAGGGACCGCGGAGCAAGGUGAAAAGUGGGAGGGCUGACAAUUGAAAAUAAUUUUUUCAUAUUAAAAAUCGAAAAAUUUCUAACUAUGGGCUAUUGCAUUUAAUAUCCGCACCCCCCCGGUUGAGGAACCAUGGAAUUCUCCAGGGGUAAGUUAUAAAAAUUGAGGAUUUCUUUAGGGGUAGAUAUAGAGUAAACAAAUAUGGAAUUCUUUGGGGGUGAAGCCUUAAUUUUCACAAAAUUCUUCAGGGGUAAACCCAAAUUCUUCAGGGGUAUGACCCAAUUCUUCAGGGGUAAACCCAUGUUUUACGGAAGUCUUCAGGGGUGAAUGCAAUUUUAGCCAAUCUUAAGGGGUAAGAUGAAAAGGUAAGUCCUCAACCGGGGGGUACGGAUUUUAAAUGCAAUAGCCCUAUGGCCGUUCACUGUUCAAGUAAUGUAAUUCUUCUUGCCAUCGAAUAUUUCAUUGAUUCGAAAGGAGAAAGACAAAACAUAAAACUUUUAUCAACUCAAAACAACUACUCACCUUUGUUUGGCUUGAAAAAGCUAGUAAUAAUCUUCAUUUCGUCUGAUAAAACUGAUAAAAAACUCUGGCGGAGCUGGAAGUACAAAACACGCUGCCGAACGAAGCGAAGGGGUGGCCAAGGCAAUUGCCAAGGCAUGGCGUUUGAUCAAGGGGCAAGUCGGCCCCAGGGCACAAUUACCGCGAAAAGCACAGGAGCCCCACAAAAUGCCUGGCGUUUGAAAUUAAAGAAAAUACAGAGAAUGUAGCGGAAUAUAGAUGGAAAAAAACUUGUUUCAAGUUUUUUUUUUAAUUGUAAUUAUUUUUCUUUUUAGCGCAAAAAGUGGGGGCGGAGGCGCAAAAAAGUGGUGGGGCCGCGGCCCUACCAGCCCCUCCCCCUCCGCGGUCCCUGAGUGCUUUGCAUUGUGCUUUGUCAAGGACAAAUAAUUAUUGUAAUCUUUUAAAAAUCCUGAUAAUUUGGUUAAAAAGCUCUGUAUACAGCUGUUUAUAGUUGAUUCAUCAGCAUGGGCUUCUGUCAUCAGCCCUCACACGGCCUACAUGGUUUCCGGCCGUACCGAAUUGAACGCAAUAGUUGUCUUUCUUCACCUCGCUUUGCAAGAGCGAUUAAGUUGAUUAAGUUAAGUUAAGUUAAGUUGAUUGAUUUAAAAGUUUUACAAAAGCGGCUAAGCCUUGCCUAGAACCAGACCUGGCUUAGAACGGCGCGUUUUAAGGAGACACCCCGGGGGUACUCCCUUAUAUAAGCCAUAAAGGUAUGUGCUGCCCCCAAAGGGUAUGGUUUCUGCGCCGUUUGGUCUGAAUGACGGGUAUAGACUUUGCCCAUUUUGGUAUGGUUUUCGAGGGAACUACUUUAUCGUUUCAAUUCGCCUCUGAAUAAGAAAGUAGAGAAAUAUGCGAAUUCUAAAUCUUUUCUGUUGGCGUUCUAAUGUAAACCUAGGAGUACCUCCCCCCCCCCCCCGGGGGGGAGCAGAGAGAACAGAGUCUUUACGUUUCCGGUAUGCCAAAGCCUAACUUGAUAGCGAGGCCUAGAGAACACACGGAGGAAUGAAGUGAUUAGUCUAUGUCUUACUAUCAAAAGACCUCGAAUAAAGUUUAAUCGCUACCUCUUGCGUGCACCAACUUAGAAGAAUCUCAAAUCCAUCCUUUCUGAUGAUGCAGUGGUCCGAGCCGACUAGCUCCGCCCUCCAAUUCGCCCCGUUGGGCUUUACGUGGGCGGUUGUCGGCGGCCGUAAAGCUUGUUAACUCCGCCCUUUCACCCCUGAUAGAGGCCAAAGUUAAUCAAAUAGUAAGCAUUUCAAUCAAUGAAACUGUGCAAAACAUCUGCCGAAGAGGUUUCAUUUGAAUGGUAACUCCUUCGGAUAUCGUUGGCAGAUUUAAAAGUUAAUGACAAAUCAUUGAAACGUAUUUGUUUUGUUAUCUGUUUUAAAGUUUUAAUUUCCUUGUGACUGAUUUCAUUUGGAUGUUCACUAAUUUGCUCUCGAAAAGAACUUGAGGGUCUAAGUUCUGUUAUUUCAGUAACUGUCUGUUGCCCGGGGAGGGUACUCGACCAAUAUUUGGGUAGAGGUGUGUCGCUGAGGGUUUGAUACCCUGACCCUGUUUAGGUCUAAAGAAACUUUUAAAAAUACAUAUCCUGUUUAGGACAACACCCUCAAUUUGUUUACCCUAUUCAGGACAAAGGAUGCACGCCGUCUUGUUUCAAAGCAAUUUAUCGACAACUGCAACAGAGCAAAUUCACGUUAUAGUCAUCGCUUUGGUAUACAAAAGUCAUUCAGGAAAUCAAAUCGAUCGUGCAGGAAAUACCCUCAAGAACAGGCUCACACGAAAUUAUAUACCCUGUGUAGGACAGAGCGAAAUUAUAUACCCUGUUUAUGACAGAGCUGAGAGGUCAAAAAUCAUACCUUGUCCAGCGGCACAUCCCUUUAUAGGCCAAAUAAGGAAGUAUCCCCUGGGGCUUGUUGACUGAUUCACAAGAAGCAGGUCACGUUCUUUAUGUUUACUAAGAGAUCUCUUUUUUUGUUAUCUUUUCUUAUGUUUUCGAAGAGAAUUGUUUUUCGUUCAAGGUAGCCUACGAGCAAGCUCUCUAUUUGGGGCAGUCGCGAGAAGUCGCACGAGAGCAGCACGCGAAACUGAUGAUGCGAGUACGUGGGGCGGCUGGCUCGCUUCGCUCGCCUUAAAUGGAGAGCUUGCUAGCAGGCUAUAUGAUCAAGGGAUCAUAUUCACCAGUUUUCUAAAAAUAAAAGAUGAUGAAAGAAUGAAAGAUGGUAAAUUUUGCUGAUUGCUGAUCCUUGUAUGCGUGACGCUUUUCAAAUAUGAACCUAGUAACUAUAUGGCCCCGCUGUCCAUGAGUUCUCCGUAGCUCAAGUGGAUAGAGCGCCCGCCCGGUGUUUGGGAGGUCAUAGGUCCGAAUCAGGGGCUCCUGGUUCGAAUUCUGUCGUAAACUCAGACUUUUUUUCUUUGUCCCACGCUCGUGACAUGGUGAUUAAUUCAUUUUUCACAUAAAAGAUAUUUUAGGUCUAUAUUUUGUUGAGUUCCUGUCAGUGGUUUUGAAUGUGACUUGACUUUCAUGGCUCAAUUCCCCGGAAGGUAACCCUGGGAAUUCUUGUGGGAGCUUGCCGCAAGGUUAUAGGCCUAUAUAAGACUCGUUAAGACUUUUGUUCUUGGGCCAUCGUAGCUUGAUAAGAAAUAGAACACAAAGGGCGAUGAUAAACAUAUUCAACUUACUCAUUCUUAUAAACUUGACGUUCCGUAUGAGUUGAGUCAGCACACGAGACGUCAAGUUUAUACAAAUGAGUAAGUUUAAUAUGUUUAUCACCAUUGUUUGUGUUCUGUUUCUUACCUGACCAAUAUUUGGGUAUUGGUGAGCCGCUGAGGACUUGAAACCCUGACUCUGCUUUGGACAAAAAAAUCCUAAAAUAUAUACCCUAUUUGAGAGAGACUCGCCAAAAAAAACCUUAGCCUGUCGCCCCCCCCCCCCCAAUUGUCCCGUGAAUUUCAACUUUCUUCUUGUUACACUUCUUUGAAUACUCAGUUUAAAGCCUCAAAGGAUGUUGGCAACAUCGAUACCGGUAUGCUGUAGCAAGCCUUUUAAGUUCUAAAGUGUUGACAUUGUUUCUUGUAAUUUAGUUAUCUGAUGCCGUGGAGUCCCUGAAGACACAUAAGCAAGAGGAUCAUGAAGGUAAUUUAACCCGUGGGAGUCUGGCUUGGGGAAUGUUACUUUGUAGUAACCCCAGGUGGCCGUCAUUUUUCCAAAGUCCCUGUGAUAACCGAGUGCAUAAACGUAUUCAGUUUGCUGUGUGUACAUUCAAGGUCGAGGUUUUCUUAGUUUUUAGAGCCGUUCCAUAGAAGUAUUAGUCAACCAAACCAAAAAAACUGGAUCUUUAUGGGCUCAUAUUACAUUCCCUCUUCCGCACAACAGCCACCAAGCAAGCAUUAUUCAAUAAUACCAUAAUACUCUUGGUUUCCAUCCGAAAUUUUACAUGUAUCAAGACCGGGAUACAUUUGAUUUUAGUCAAGGUCAUGUGACCAAGAAUCAACCAAUGGCAGUCCCUGUUUAGUUGCGUGAAAGUCUAGGGAUGUAACAAUUCUUGGGUUGCACGUGACGUCACCAAAAAUCAAACUAAGAAACUAUCGAUUCUUCUGAGUUUCUACUUUCACGAGGUAUUACAGCACCUAAACAUCUUUACAUAAUCAAGUUUUUGGUUCGAAAGGGUUCUUCGUUUUGCGAGAGAGGACGCUUGAAUUUCCAGGCUUUUGCGUGACGCGGCAUUUAGCUGGCGGCCGGGAAAGCUCUUAUGUGGGUUAAAAACAUAACCGAUUUUGGGAGAUUUUGCAAUCUAAACAUUCCUUGUCUCAGAAUAAAUAUUACUGUAAUCUUUAUGAGUUCCUCAAGCGAAGAAUUCACGCAUUAGUAGGAAAACUCGAAAACAGAUGUUUCUGUUGGUAUCCGGCGGCCAUAUUGGUGUUCCUGAAAGGGACACCAACAUGGCGUUUCCAUACAAAGCUUUAUAAAUUUAGGUAAACCUUUUUCCCCAAUAUCUCGCAUUUGAAAUAUUUCACAGACCUAAUUCUUGGCAAGGGUUUUUGUAUAUUUAUCUUUUUUCAUUUCCCAGAUUCUAGUCCUUCUAUAUUGAAUGGUUUGCAUUUUUAUUUUUCAUUGCGUGACAGUGCAAGCCGAGAAUAUAAUUUAUGAAUUGACAAAAGGCAAAUUUCCUGGAGAACAUCGCGUGGCCUGAAUUGUGAAAACAAAACAUACAGUUUAAAAAGGUCUAUCAGUUAAUUUUAAAUUAUUAUUUGUUACCUAUUGUUUUUUCUUUUGAAGGUGUGAAGGCCCUUUCAGAGUUCCACACUCAUUUUGUCGACUCACUUCAAUCAAUAACUCGCAAGUGUGUGGCCAAGAGAGACACGCUCAUGAAAAAGCUGCUUGAGGCUAAGGACAAUGGGAUGAACAAAACUACUGCUUCGACGGCAGAUAACACGUCUUUAAAUUCGCCUAAACAUGGACAAAGUGAAGUGUCGUAAACGAAAGCCAAUGUAAUAACUCUGGCCAAUCACAGCACGAGCUCACAAUCAAGUGAACCAAUCAUACUUGGAGGCAUGUAGCCGACCUCAAGCGCGGGACAACUCGGGUCAGCAGAUCACGACUGGUUUUGAUGUUUUUUUUGAUUGGCUGUGAAACUCACGCGAGUUUUGUUCAGCCAAUCACAACGCAGAAGCAAUGUAAUUGCGAACAGCAGGCUGAUUAAAAAAACGCGAUACGGCAGCUGCUUCCAACAGAAAGCUAGUCCUUAUCGUGUUGCGUUUCUGUUUAGAUUCACGACUAGAAUGCUCUCCCCUCCUCAAGAGCCUUAAGUCGUAGCACGAUGGGUUUCACAGGACGCAUUUUGACUUUCCAGAUCAUCUUUUCACUUGGUCCCGGAUUAAAAAGGCCCUUUUUGAGCAUCAGGUAAACAGUUUUCGUAAGAAAUGGUUAACGCGCAGCGUACAACCAUCGAGGUAUGGAAGCACGUGGAAGGUUUGCGAAGUACCAAAAAAAUCGCGGGUGUUGCCCGAGGCAACAGGACCAACGGAAAAGGAGCAGAAAAAAAACCGAAGGGGGAGGGUAUAGGCGGUCUCUGUUGUCAUCCGGUAAAAUCUGGUUAAACCAGAAUUUCGUUUGUCUUCUAUUAAAUAAUGUUAUUAGGGCAGGGAAACAAGAAAAUUUCGAAUCAAACUAGGUUGAAUACUGAAUUAAAGUGAGAACGAAUUUUACCUACAACAUUUCCUUUUUUCCAUCUCUUUUGAUCCCUUUUCGCCCCGCUAUCCAUCUCGC